CAUGAAUGUGUCUACAUCUAAGGUUAAAAGGGCUAAGAGGCUGGCUCUUGAAAACCUAGAAGGGAGUUUUCUUGAUGACUAUAAUAAACUUGAAGCACAUGGACAAGAACUUAGAACUUCUAAUCCGGGAAGUGAUGUUGUUAUCAAUAUAUCAAAAGAAGCUCUUUUACAAGGAAAGAAGAAGUUCUUAAGGAUGUACAUUUGUUUCAAAGCAUUGAAGGAUGGAUGGAAAAGUGGUUUGAGACCACUUAUUGGGCUGGAUGGUACUUUUUUGAAGGGAAGAUAUAAGGGGCAACUAUUAGUUGCUACGGGUCAAGAUUGUAUGAACCAUUUUUAUCCUAUUGCAUGGGCAGUGGUGGAUAAGGAGACAGGCAGGACAUGAGAAUGAUUUUUGGAGCUUUUGAAGUGUUCUUUGAAUCUUAAAGAUGGACAUGGAGUGACAUUCAUCUCAGAUAUGCAAAAGGGGUUAAUUGAUGCUAAGAAGAGUGUGUUUCCUGAAGCUAAGUACAAAUAUUGUGUAAGGCAUAUUGAGGCUAAUUGGUGUAAAAGGUGGAGGAGUGGACAAGCCAAGAAACUUAUGUGGUGGUGUGCAUGGGCCACAUAUGUUGAAGACUUUGAAGAUCAAUUGAGAAAAUUAGGAGACAUAGAUGAAGAAGCUGCCAAAGACCUGCUGAAAUAUAAACCUCAAACUUGGUGUCGGGCAUACUUUGAUACUCAAUGUAAAAAUAUCAUGGUUGACAAUAAUUUCACUGAGUCAUUUAAUGCAUGGAUUCUGGAAGCAAGGCAUAUGCCUAUCAUCAAAAUGUUGGAAGAAAUAAGGCUGAAGGUUAUGAGAAGGUUGGUUUCUAAUGAAGCAAAAGUUAGGAGUUGGAAGGGAGAUUUCAGUCCACCGUGCAUGAAGCUAUACAAUGUUUAUAGGGCAAUUGCUCAUGGAUGCAAGGUUGAGUUCAAUGGUGACUUUGGUUACGAAGGCACAGAAGGUGAUGAUAGACAUACAAUUAAUUUGAAGGAUAAAAGAUGCACAUGUAGGGCUUGGGACUUAUCGGGAAUACCAUGCCCCCAUGCUAUCAAGGCCAUGUUGUAUGAUAAGGUUGAACCAGGAACACAAAUACACUGGUAUUACUGUAAGGAGGCUUAUUUGCUAACUUACAAGAACAAAAUACAACCUAUUAUGGGAGUUAAAUUUUGGAAAGUCGAUCCAGCCUAA